UGAAGUGAACACAUAGUUGGGGUGAAAUGGAAUGCUUAGACAUUUAGUGAGAGUGAGAGCGAUAGCAAGAGCAAUAUCUUCUCAUUCAAUUCCACUGCCUUUCACAUUCCCACACUCCCUAUCUUCCUCUCCAUUUCCAAUGGCCGCCGAAGACUCCCUCCGCAAGUCCCUCGCCGACAAGCUCGCCGCGGUGGAGGCGCAGGGCAACGCGGUGCGGGCGCUGAAAGCCUCGGGCGCGCCCAAGGCCGAAAUCGAGGCGGCCAUCGAAGCCCUAAACGCGCUGAAACUGGAGAAAACCUCGAUAGAGCGGUCCCUGGUGGGCGGGUCGGACACGCGGGAGGCCUUCCGGCAGGCGGUGGUGAACACCCUGGAGCGGCGGCUGUUCUACAUCCCGUCGUUCAAGAUCUACCGCGGCGUGGCGGGGCUCUUCGACUACGGCCCCCCCGGGUGCGCCGUUAAGUCGAACGUGCUGGGGUUCUGGCGCCAACACUUCGUCCUGGAGGAGAACAUGCUGGAGGUGGACUGCCCCUGCGUCACUCCCGAGAUCGUCCUCAAGGCCUCCGGCCACGUCGACAAGUUCACCGAUCUCAUGGUCAAGGACCAGACCACCGGCACCUGCUACCGCGCCGAUCAUCUUCUCAAGGAUUUCUGCAACGACAAGCUUCAGCGCGACCUUUCUCUCCCUGCUCAUAAGGUUUCCGAGCUUAAGCACGUGCUUGCCAUGCUCGAUGACUUCUCCGCCGAGGAGCUUGGGGCCAAGAUUAGGGACUAUGGGAUUGUCGCUCCUGAGACCAAGAACGCACUGUCUGAACCCUAUCCCUUCAAUUUGAUGUUCCAGACUUCCAUUGGGCCCUCUGGCCUCAGCCCAGGCUUCAUGAGGCCCGAAACUGCGCAGGGGAUUUUUGUCAAUUUCAAGGAUUUGUAUUAUUACAAUGGGAACAAGCUUCCUUUCGCUGCUGCGCAGAUUGGACAAGCCUUUAGGAAUGAGAUAUCUCCGCGACAAGGGCUUCUGAGAGUGCGGGAGUUCACGUUGGCGGAGAUUGAGCACUUUGUUGACCCGCAAGAUAAGUCUCAUCCCAAGUACCCUGAGGUUGCUGACUUGGAGUUCUUGAUGUUCCCGAGGGAGGAGCAAAUGUCGGGUCAGGCUGCCAAGAGGAUUCCUCUUCGCGAUGCUGUUUCCAAGGGUAUUGUCAAUAAUGAGACUCUUGGUUAUUUCAUUGGGAGAGUGUAUCUUUUCUUGACGCGUCUUGGUAUCGACAAGGACCGAUUGAGGUUUAGGCAACAUCUUGCCAAUGAGAUGGCCCACUAUGCUGCUGACUGUUGGGAUGCUGAGAUUGAGUGCUCCUAUGGUUGGAUUGAGUGUGUUGGAAUUGCCGAUAGAUCUGCAUAUGAUUUACGAGCUCACUCGGAUAAAAGUGGUGUUCCACUAGUGGCUCAUGAAAAAUUUUCCGAACCUAAGGAAGUGGAGAAAUUGGUUAUAACUCCAGUAAAGAAAGAGCUGGGUCUGGCAUUCAAGGGGAACCAGAGAAUGGUGGUUGAAGCACUUGAGGCAAUGCCUGAGAAAGAAGCUUUGGAUAUGAAGGCUGCUCUGGAGUCAAAAGGAGAGGUGGAGUUUUUAGUGUGUACACUUGAGAAAACUGUGACUAUUAAGAAGAAUAUGGUGACCAUUCAAAAGGAGAAAAAGAAAGAGCACCAGCGAGUUUUUACACCAUCUGUCAUUGAACCUUCCUUUGGAAUUGGACGGAUAAUUUAUUGUCUCUUUGAGCACACAUUCUACACGAGGCCAAGCAAAGCUGGGGAUGAACAAUUAAAUGUAUUCCGCUUCCCUUCACUUGUAGCCCCUAUUAAGUGUACAGUUUUUCCACUGGUUCAGAAUCAGAAGUAUGAAGAGGUCGCUAAAUUAAUUUCCAAGUCAUUGACAGCUGCUGGAAUUUCACAUAAGAUUGACACUACAGGUACAUCAAUUGGAAAACGGUAUGCAAGAACAGAUGAACUUGGUGUACCCUUUGCUGUCACUGUAGAUUCAACAUCAUCAGUGACUAUUCGGGAGAGGGACAGCAAGGAUCAGGUGCGUGUUGAUGUGGAAAAGGCUGCCACUGUUAUUAAGGAGGUAUCUGAAGGCCAGAGGACAUGGGAAGAUGUGUGGUCAACUUUUCCUCAUCAUUCCUCUACAUCUGCAGAUGAUUGAAUUUUAUUGGUCACCAUCUAGGUUGACUCAUCAGAGUUUUCUGUUGCAAAAUUUUGUGUUGUUUUCUGAGCAAUGAAUCAAACUACAGGGAUAUUACUAAUUGUCAACUAGAUACCCAUUUCUUUGUUUAAUCAAGUUUCUGCAACAUUUACGGUAGUCAUAUCAUAGGUAUAUGUAUUUUGAUAAAUUUCUGGUUUGCCAAUUGCUUCUCGGGGUUUUGUCAUAAUAUAUCAGGUUCCGAAGAUUACUUAAUACUAAUGUCUCUUAUGCUGA